GGGCCGUGGUGGCCACUGCAGGAAAGAAGGACCUGUGGUGUCUCUCUCUCUCUCUCAGUGAGACAUUGCGGGAUAUCAGCCUGUCGCUGAAGGAGCUGCACGGUGAGGACAGGGUGUCCUGGAGGGGGGGGGGACACAUUGUCCAGCAGGGAGGACAGCUUGGCUGCCAUUCUCCUGUCUCCCACCACCUCCACAGUGUCCAGAGGUCUCCCCAGGACAGAGCUUAUGGAAAAAUCACGUAUAAAAGGCUCUCAACAUCUGACGAAGUCUUUCAUCAGUGUGGACCUAAAGGCCUCAGUAUCAUUGAAGUUGAAGCAGAAGACACCGAAGUAAUGCAACAUGGCUUCUACAGCACAGUCAGCUGUAGAGUACGUCAGGAGGGCCAGAACCCAUCUUGUGAACAAAUUAAAGAAUCAGUCAGUGAUUCUAGAGAACUUGAAUCAGCAAGGAGUGUUACGUGACGAAGAGAUCUGCCUAAUACAAGCAGAAGGGAAUGACUACGAUAAAAACAGAAAACUUCUAGACUCGGUAACCAUAAAGGGGGAAAAAGCCAGCUAUAUAUUCCUCGAAAUUAUUUACAUGACGAGGAAGAGGAACCAUAGGAGGACAUCCCUUCUCCCUGAGAAACAGACUGUAGCUUCCGCUGAGAGCGAGACGUUUGACCUGCCCCACUGGAUCAGCUGCUUCCCUUUCAAGGAAGACACACAAAUGAGCAAAAACUACCUACAAGCCCCAACACCGUGCCACCGUUACCAGGCAAAGUUGAAGUCAAAAGCACAAAAAAUAUCAAAAGAGUUUUGGACGGCAAACAAAUAUCUGUUUGAAGAAAACAACAAGCCUGAUCUGUCGUACAUGCCACUUGUAUUGGACACACAAGGAAGUGAUUCUCCCUCUAAAAUAAAGAAAUUUAAGAGCAAGAAAAGCAGGAUGACCCGUUGUAAAAAGCUAGGGACCUACAUCCCUAAGGACAAAGCAGACAUUUCUCCCAGUGACAUGCUUAAAACAGAUAAACACAUACUCUUGGUUGGUAAGUCUGGGAUUGGAAAGACAGCACUCACUCUUGAAAUGUUAAAGCUCUGGACAGAAAAAGAUGACAAGGAGCUAAAUUACAUGUUUUACUUUGACAUGAGAAAAAUAUCCAACAUCAAGAGCCUGGAGGACCUUCUCUUCAAUGAGUUCAGUGAGCCAGAUGAAGGCAAAGACGAGGUCUUACUGGACAUAAAGAAUAACUCUGACAAAGUUACACUCAUUUUUGAUGGAAUCGCAGAUCUCUCUUUUCCAGUAGUGCGGAAUCUUGUAAAAAAAGAUUUGCUGCAGGACUCCAAGGUCAUUUUGACCCUCAGACCAGCUGAUGAACACCGCCUUGAAAAAGACCUUCCUUCUGAGGACUUACUCAGAGUGGAAGUGAAAGGCUUUAGUGAGCAGACCAUAAAAACAUACAUAUCUGCUAUGCUACGUGAAAGAAAGGAGAGGGUUUUGAGCAACUUGGAGUUGUUAACGCUUUGCCAUGUACCCAUGUAUGCACUGAUGGUGGCUGCAUGCUUUUCAUUCGAGACAUCAGAGGACUUUCAAAAGCCUUGCUGUAUAACGGAUAUCUACAUCAACAUUUUCCGUUUUUGCCUUGAAAGAAACAGCAACACAAAAUACAUAGAUGCCUUCAUCGAAAGCAAGAGUAAGGAGAUACUGUCUUUGGCUGAAGUUGCUUUUCGUGCAACUGAAGGAAAAACGGUGAACUUGACACUACGUCCCUUUGAGACAGCUGUGUCCUCUCCUUGCUCAAACAACUUGUUAUCAAAGACGACCCUACUGAGAGAAUAACCACUUGUGCAUUUCUCCAUUACACAAUGCAGGAGUUUUUUGCAGCACUGUGGCUCUUGAAGAAUCCAGAUUUAAUCAGUAAUGUUUUUCAGCAGUGCCUCACUGAGGAGAAGAAACACAUGAAACAUCUGAUCCCUUACAUGUGUAGAUUGUUGUCUGAGAAGAGCCGUAGUUUGAUGGAGUGCCUGAUUCCUCCUGAGGAGCUCAAGAAUACAUCAAACGGGUUCUGCAAGGAAGUGAUAUCCACAUUCCUUCCUAGUCUGUGUGGAAACGAUGAGGCUGAUACUGAGGACAGUGGGCGCAUACUGUUCCUAUGCCAGUGCUUGUAUGAGUCCCAGUGUCCUGAAGCAUGCAUCGACCUUCUGGAACAACUGGACUUCCAUCUUGAUCUCAGUGAAGAGAGUCUCGAUCCUUACCCCUGCUGUGCUGUGGCCUACGUGAUCACUCAGUCCAAGGAGAGGGAAAUAUGGCUGAACCUUGAGGACGUCACGAUGUCACAACAAGGAAUGAGACCACUAUUAGGAUGCCUUCAAAACGUCCAAUGGUGUGAUUCUCUGCCACGGCAGCUGUGGGAGAUCUUCCUUCUCAGCGAAGGGGAGAUGGACUACAUCACCUUACUUGGCCUUGAUGGAAAUCAGAUGCACCUUCCAGUGGAGGGGGACAGAAAGCUGUUUGAAAGAGCAGUGACAGUCCUGCAGAAGAUAAGUAAGAAGGUUAAAAUCUGCCUCCACUGGGAGAGGGAGAACCCUGACUGCCACAGUCUGCGUGAGACUCUGCUAGAGGCUCUGCCAUACGUCAGCUCCCUCAGCUUCAGGAGGACCCACAGAGCUCCAAGACUACAGGGCCAGGAGCGACGCUAUGAGAAACUGAAGAGACAAGAAAAGCAGCUGUUUCUGGAUUUAUGCCUGAAAGCAGCUACUCUCAUUCAAGGAGAAAGCGUUCACAAUGAAGUGAACAACCUCAUCUCUCUGUUUUCUUUUAACUAUGAUAUACAUAACAUCCUUCUGGAUUUGUAUCAACACGUCAAAACUCAAGAAAGUUCAGCUGUUAUUCAAAAACUGAAGCCAUUUUUCCAGUCAGUUCCUGCAGUCUGGACCAUAGACCUCUCAGAGAGAAAGAGCUCCAUCCUGCUGGAAGUGCUGAGACUCCAACCAGAGAAGAAACAAGUGGAGCUGAGAGGCUGCUCAGAGGAAGAGAGUGAAGUGAGGACUUUGCUGCAGUGUCUGCCUUAUAUCUCACAGAUCAGUUUUGUGCCUCAGUUAUCAGAACCUUCCGGUGAACUCCAGUUCUUUGGGACUCUGUUCUGUGCAGCAGCAGAGACAGA